CUGACCCGCAAAACGCAUUCAUCACUUUCUAAAUAGAAAAAGGGAAAAUAGAAAAACACACUGAAAAAAAGUUACUCUCCAUCUCUGAGGUAAUUUCUCCCUUUCAAGAUCUCUUCCUUGUUUGUUUUUUAACCGAAGAAUCUGAUCUAGGGUUUGGUUAAAACACAUCAAAAUCGUUUUAUUUUUUCGAAUCGGAAGUGUUCUUUCGCACUUCAAUUUUUCUUUUCUUUUUCUUUUCUUCUGUAAGUUUUUGUUCCAUUCGCAGAUGUCAAAGUUUAGCUUUUUAAUCUUGUAUUAGGCAUAAAGACCACAUUUUUGCAGCUGUGCAUGUUCAUUGGACGCCGGCCCUUGCUGUAGUGAAUUUCUGUAGUGGUAGCCAUUCUGAGACAUGGUUUAUUUAUGGAAAUAGAUUUGCUGAUUUUAUUUCUUGUUAGUUUCGGAUUUGGCAUAAUCUGUGUGUUGGAGAAUGGCUUGUGCUAAAUUAUAGAGCAUUAGGUAUUGAAUAGUUCAUGAUUUUUGAGUUAAUUAUAAGUUGUAGCUGAAAGUUUAGCAUUGUGGUUAGAUGGAGCAAGGUUUGAACUCUGAUCCAAAUGCCCCUCCUGGGCCAAUUGAUAAGUCCAGAGUGUAUGAUGUGAAGCCUUUAAGAAGCCUGGUCCCAGUUUUCCCGAACCCCCCGGGCAUGUCUUCUGUUUCAACCCCGAAUCCGUCUCCUUUUGUGUGUGUUCCACCUUCUGGCCCUUUCCCGGCUGGAGUCCAACCAUUUUACCCGUUUAUGGUUUCAAAAGAUUCUCAGCCCACCCCAACUGGUGGUGUUGCUCGAAACCAGACAGGUUUUGAUAGCAGUAUACCAGCUCCGGUUCCAUUGAACUCGUUUAGGACCCCCACUCCACAGGCGAAUGGGGAGAGUAGUCGGGCUAAGAGGGCUUCCAAGACUCGUGGUUCAGCAUCCAUAGUUAUAGAGGAUGAUGGAUAUAGUGAUUCACAUAAUCAAAGUGACCAGUAUAUGAGUGGAUUUAGCAUGCAUGCCGCUGAUGCAGAUGAUGCUAGCAAUUCAGGGAAACGAACAAGGGGUCGGCCGAAGAGGAGAGCAGCUGGGAAUGGGACUGGGAAUGGGGUUGGGAUUGUUGAACUUGAAUCACUCGCUGAUAGCAUCUUCACCUUGUUUAAGGUUAAAGAGAUGGAUGACUUCAGAAGAUCUAGUGGUGACAAGGAUACGACUGCAACCGUGCUCUUGGUCUAUGAUUUGAUCAGGAGAAGGCUUACUCAACUCGAAGAAGCAAGGGAUAAUGCUCCCGGAGUUGCCCGACGUCCAGACCUCAAAGCUUCCAAUCUUAUGAUGACCAAAGGGGUGCGGACAAACAACUCGAAGAGGAUUGGCCAUGUGCCCGGGGUUGAUGUCGGAGAUAUCUUUUUCUUCAGAAUGGAGCUCUGCUUGGUGGGCUUACAUGCUCCGAGCAUGGCCGGGAUAGAUUAUAUGAGCGUUAAGGUCACCGUAAAUGAAGAGCCUGUGGCCGUCAGCAUAGUUGCCUCUGGAGGCUACGAUGAUGAUGAUGGGGAUGAUACUAAUGUGUUGAUCUACAGUGGUCAGGGUGGAGUGCAGAGGCGAGACGGCCAAAUGUUCGAUCAGAAACUUGAGAGGGGAAAUCUUGCCCUAGAAAAGAGUCUGCAUCGUGGUAAUGAGGUAAGAGUUGCAAGGGGUAUCAAGGAUAUUUCUAAUGCACCCGGUAAGAUUUAUGUGUACGACGGUGUUUACAAGAUUCACGAGUCGUGGGCAGAAAAGAAUAAGUCUGGUUGCAACGUGUUCAAGUAUAAGUUGAUAAGGCAACCGGGGCAGCUGGAAGCUUUCUCACUAUGGAAAUCAAUUCAGCAGUGGAGGGAUGGGACUUCUGCUCGACCCGGCCUUAUUAUCCCAGACCUAACUUCGGGUGCUGAGACUCAGCCGGUGGCUCUUGUGAACGAUGUUGAUGGGGAGAAAGGACCUGCUCAUUUCUCCUACAUCGCUAGUCUCAAAUACUCUCAACCGUUUCCGGCUUCCAAGCAGUUUUCGGGUUGUCCUUGCUUAGGUGGAUGCCAACCAGGCGAUAGCAGUUGUCCCUGUAUCCAGAAAAACGACGGCUUGCUCCCCUAUUCGUCUACAGGAGUUCUCUUAACUACUAAACCAGUGAUACAUGAAUGUGGGCAGACUUGUCAGUCUCCUCCAAACUGUCGAAAUCGUAUAUCUCAGGCAGGUGUAAAAUUCCGUCUGGAGGUUUUCAAGACGAAGAACCGGGGUUGGGGGCUUAGGUCGUGGGACCCUAUUCGUUCGGGGAGUUUUAUCUGCGAGUAUGCUGGGGACAUCGUCAAGACCACUGCAGGCGACUUUGAGAAUGCAAAUGAUGACGGUUACAUCUUUGAUGCUGGUCGCUACUAUGAGCCGCUGGGACGCGUUCACGACUUCAAUAGCUCCAAGAAGGCCCCGUUCCCUCUUGUUAUAAGUGCUAAGAACAACGGGAACGUGUCCCGUUUCAUGAACCAUAGUUGCUCUGCGAAUGUGUUCUGGCAGCCCGUUCUGCGCGAAAGUAACAAUGGGGUUUGUCUCCACAUUGCUUUCUUCGCCAUGCGACACAUUCCUCCGAUGCAGGAGCUGGUGUACGACUAUGGGAUACCCGCGAAAGCAGACAGGGGGAAGAAGAAGUGCUUGUGUGGAUCAGUCAAGUGCAGAGGCUACUUCUAUUGACAACCGAUGAAUUUCUCAGUGCUUGAUGCUUCCAAAUAAAGGUUACUGUGUAAGCUUGCAAAAUUUUGCAAUGUAGUUGGAAGAAGAUGAGAGGAAGGAGGUGGCCUCUCAAGUUGUUGUAGUUGUAAAAUCUGUCUAUUUUGCUAUGUGCUACUGUGGUAGGAUUGUGUAGUUUGAACUCAGAGUUCUUGAACAUUAGCUCUGUUUCAUCAUUUUUCUGGCUACCCUUAAAUUAGAAUUGUUAUUAUGUUC